AUGAAAGGGUCAGACCGGAGACCUGCUCUCUCAGAGCUACGGCCAAAUCAGCAAAAACAAGUGCAAGAAGGUGAAUUUGGUGAAUACCAAACUACAUGGAAAGUACAAGAACCGCCAACCGAACAGGCUUUGCAACAUGGAACGAGUACAGCUGAGGCGAUGCACCACGUCGUAGGGUGUGCAGAUGAUGAAUAUAUUCAGCACUUGGAGAAGAAGGGUUUCAAGCAAGAUCAAAAUCCGUCCUAUGAGAUACUACCAAAUAUUGUUGCGGCUACGGUGGCGGAGGAAGUUUCGUUUUCCCAAUCAAAUGGCCCUACCGCUGCUGAAGAUAUUAUGGAGCGGGGUCGAAGCUUGUCAACCUCUCAAAAAACAAAGCCGUUUGCGCACAUGACCCCUCCGGUAAUGAUCACAAUCUAUGAGGCUUUGAGACCCACGACUGACUGUCAACCAGACCUCUUUGCCUCCACCCCCGAAUUUUAA